GUUGUUUUGUUUUUGUGUGCUGAUAAACCGGUCGAGCUAGCUACGAACGACAUCUUUUACACUGCUGAACUGAAAACAUAAUGAAACCCGCGGUGGAUGAGAUGUUUCCUGAAGGAGCUGGACCGUACGUGGAUCUGGACGAGGCAGGAGGCAGCAGCGGUCUGCUAAUGGACCUGGCAGCCAAUGAAAAGGCAGUGCACUCUGAUUUCUUUAAUGACUUUGAGGAUCUGUUUGACGACGACGACCUCCAGUGAUGACAGCAUCUGAACACCUGUACAUAAGAAAAUGAAACUGGGCUUAUUCUGACUACAAGCUCUCUCUUAUUUGUACAGCCCCCGUCCUCCUACAUGUCACUCACCACCGUACUGAAAUAAAGUCUUUUUGUUUUUACAA